AUGGCUUUCGUUCUGCGGCGGCCUUUCGCCGUGUCGACGGCCUUUCGACAAAUUUCAAAACCGACCAACACUGGAUUGCGCUUCAUCCACAAUGCCCCAAAGCAAGCUCCCAAAACUCCCUCCACCCCAUUCAUUUCGUCCUCCUUCGCCAAUGCCCGGCAAAAUUUCAGAGAUACUUUCCGCCGGACGUAUAUGCAGCAACAAUACAAAGCGGCAGACAGAGGAAACUUGACGCAAAAGCUCCUUUACGGUGCUGCCAUCGUGGGCGGAAGUAUUGUGGCGACAAAUCUGAUAUUCAACCGUGAAACGCGAGAAGAUGGUGGCAUGGCUCCCUAUGAACGGAGUUACUUGAACGAUACGUUUAUGCACACUGGUUUGGGUAUCGGCAUUAUUGGUAUCGCUGCCCGCGCGUUACAUACGAGCGGAUUUUCGUAUCGGAUCAUGGCCGCAAACCCAUUUCUGGUGGUUGGCCUGAGUUUAGCGGUCAGCAUUGGAACAAUGUACGGCACCUAUUAUACCAAACCUGAAAACUACAUCCAAAAAUAUGGCCUCUGGACUGCUUUCAACGUCGCUCAAGCCGCCGUCAUCGCUCCACUGAUGUUCCUGCAUCCCGCUAUCCUUGCCCGUGCUGGUCUAUAUACCGUCGGUAUGAUGGGAUCGAUCGCCUUUGUCGGCGCCACUGCCAAGCAGGAGAAAUAUCUCUACCUCGGCGGCCCGCUACUUGCUGGCGUCUGUGUCGUUGCUCUCUCCGGCCUCGCUCCACUAGUUCUUCCGGCUACAGCGACCCGAACGCUCAUGUGGUCUGAACGUCUCUGGCUCUAUGGUGGUCUCGCUGUAUUCGGUGGUUUCACACUCUACGAUAUCCAAAAGAUUCUGUACCACGCCCGCAUGGCGGAACGUGGACUCGUGAGAAGAGAUAUCGUCAACGAGAGCAUCAGUCUUGAGCUGGAUUUCUUGAACAUCUUCGUGCGGAUGGUCCAGAUUUUAGCAAUGAGAGGAGGCAACAAUAGAAGAUAA